AAUUUUCAAAUCUAUUCAAAGUGUGGUCUUCCAACAAAAACAUUCCCUUGAAGAAAGUAGAAGCUAUGAGUGUUCCACAAACUGUCCAGGAACUUCUCCUGCCUGAGAAUUGUGUAAACUCGUCACGUAUCAGGGCAUUUCUUGUGCUCUCCCGAAUUGCCACUGAUGAUACUGUCAGAACUCAUUUGAAUGAGAUUGAUACCAGCAAGUGCGAUAUAUUCUUUACCAGCACGAUUGUACCUGAAUGGAAUGCAAGAGCUCAAGCCAUCCGAUACUGCUCUGACUAUGCCCAGAGCUUGCGCCAGGAAAUCGGGGCCACUGUCGGUGACAUUAAAGAUGUACAACAAAAGUUUGAUUUGAGAUUGAACCCUUACGCUCUGCGAGACUACCAGGAACAAGUUGAACAAAAGAGCGCCAAGAUCGAAACUAUAGAGAAUUGGGUGCAAAACGAAACGACUGUCGAGUCGAUCUUGAAGAACCAAACGGCUGAAACUUUCAGUCAAAAGUGUCAAUAUAAGGACUGGCUUCAGUAUGCCAUUGACAUUUCCAAAUGAUGUAGUCUGUAAAGAAUCUUGUGUAUAUAUUUUUGAAAUAAUGAAUGCCUGAACAUAGUAAUACAUUGGUCGAAUAUAGUGUCUCUUAGUGUUUAUGGGCAGCGGCUGCUGCCAAGUAUGCAAAUCCUUUAGUAUCCUUCAGUUUACUUCCAGCUUCCGGCGUCUUGUCCUUCUUGAUUGGGAUACUGGGAGUGGAUUUAGCGGCACUAGAGGAGGAUUUUGGUCUGGUUUUUUUGGGGGGUGGUGCUUCCUUUUCUUUUGGUUUGGCCAGGCUGCCGUUUGAGGCAUUUUGUUUCGCAACCAUAUCCUUCGCAAUCAAUAGGCAGUCUAUCCAUCCGUAGUCAGAACCAAGUUUUACUUCCUUUCCAGCCUUAUCAACAACAGCCACCAUAU